AUGACGAAUAGGCAACCGCUUCCAGAUUGGUUAAAGCUAGUAACACUCACCUAUCAAAAUUCAGAUCAAGUCACCACCGGCUUAGUGCAAUUACCGAUCACUUAUUCUGGGGCACCUAUUCCACUUGCUUGGCCAUAUACUUCAAUCGAUCAAAUUCAAACACAAACUCAAACAUUGGCUUCAGAUGCACCAUUACCGACUCAAGUGGUGCAUUUUUAUGAUGGUAGUGGUCCUUUCACUGUGAUCAGUGGUACUAUCAUCACCGAUGUGAAUUCAAUGCCAAAACCAACCGGAGUUCCUAAUCCGAAUCCUAUCAAUUCUAAUCAAAAUACUCAAUUAUCAACUAUGACUGAUAUCAAUAUACCAACAAACUCACAAUCAAUAUAUCCUGUAAUUAUAUCAACUAUCACUGUUACCGCACCUUCACCACCUACGCCAAAUUCGACAAAUCCACUUAUAGCUGAAAACGAUCACCGUCAAUCCACUCCAGCUACUGCACUUAUCGCUGGAUUCAUCAAUCUACUCAUUCUGUUGGUCUUCAUCGUCCUUGCUCUCUUGAUUUUCCUAUUACGCCGUCAAGGACGUCGUAGAAGACAAUACGAUCAUGGAUCACCUCAUCAUUCAACAGAACCAGUUCAAUAUGAAUUCAAUUCAGCACUUUUACCACAACAUCAUCAUGGUAGUCAAACACAACAUCAUCCACUGGAUCGUUUACGUGAUCAAAAUGAAUGGAUUAUUUCAGAUGAACAUAAACCAGAACAAGACGAAAAGUCACAAGAAAAACCAACGCCUAAACCAGUUCAACAGAUGCUUAGAGGAUAUGAAAGUCGAGAAAGAAAAUUAACUGCAUGGAAGAGGUUUCAAGUGGCACUCAGACAUGAAUUUAAUGCGGUGCUACAAUCUUUUUCGAUUGAAUCAAAUGAACGUCAAAAUAGUCCUAGAGGACCUACUCAUUAUAGAAAUCCAGAUGAAAAUCAAUAUCAUAAUCCAUAUCAUGAUCCAUCGAUUAGUACUAAUACGUUUACUCGAGUCAAGAAAUGGUGGGAUUCAGUUCUAACACCUCCAUCUUCAUUAAUGAGUGUACCACAUACAUUCAAAACGAUUUCAGAAUCUGAUACAAGUAAUAGUGAGAUUGAUAUACCUGAUCAGGAUCUUCAUCCUAGACUUCAACCUACAGAAGAAGCACCAUUUAUUUUUAAUAAAUCUUCUACACUUUCUCCUUCUAUCAAUACACCUAUUGAAAAUUCUCCAUCUUAUCACAACACGCCUCAGAAGACUUUACCUAUACUUGAUCUUUCUGCUUUAAAAGUUAUCAAAAAGUCAAAACAAUCUAUUAAACCAAGUAGAUCUAAAGAAUCUAGCAAACCUAGUCAAUCAAAAUCCAUCAAGUCUCGGUCUUCGUCUCACCAAAAGCCUGAUUUAGAUCAUCCUCCUUUACUUGAACAUGCUCAUGGUCCAAGUGAAGAUGAAGCUGAUGAUGGUCAUAGUAUUUCAGGCGGAUUAGAUUCACCACUAGAACAUUUUCAUCCAUAUGGGUUACCACUUCAUUCACCAUCAGUUACAAGACCAUCAAACGAAACUUCUACUUCAGGAACUCCUAAUGCUAGAAUCGAUUCUUUUGCCAGACGAAUCAGACCCAAGAAAAACUCACCAAGACUAAGUCCACCUCAAUUAUUGAGUAGUCCAUUUCAAAGUGGAUCAUCACCCAGAUCGAUUUCAUAUCAAUCAGGUCUUACACCUACUAGUUCAUCACCUGGAAAGAUUCUUGUAUUGAAAAAACAAAAAAGAUCUUCAGGAACUUCAGAUCGACUUAGGUUUCCUUUACCUCCUGUUACUGAUCAUCAAAAAGAAAAGUUUGUGGAAGUUUUACCUACUGGGAUUGGUUCGAGUAGUGGUGCUUCUAGAACUACAGAAGAUGAAGAGAUCCUCUUUACUGGUAGACGUAAGAGUUCUAUUAGUCAUUUAGCUGGGGUUAGUGAAUUAGGUGUAGUUGAUACAAGUACUCAGAGUCAAAGACAAUGGACUCAAGAUGGAUCUUAUGUUUCAGAAGAUUUGUUUUAUGUCAGACCUAGAUUAGCUACUUUCAAAGAUGGUCGUUGGAUUACUAAUACUCCUAGUGAUGAAGGAAAACGUGAUCAUCAAGUUGGGAGUAGAUCUGGUGGCGAUGAUUUAGAUAUUAUGAUUACUCCUAAAGGAAACAAUUAUAAUAGAGAAAUGAUGAAGUCUACAAAAGAGUUUCCAAGUUUUAAUGAAAAUCGUAGAACAGUUAAUAGAUGUGUUUCAAGUAAUUGGAUCGAAGGUGGAAUUGGAAUUGGAAUUGGAAUUGGUGGAAUCAAAAGUUUUUUUAGAAGUUCUGGUCAUCGAGCUGUUUCACUUCCAAUCGAUAGACCUACAAUAGAAGAUUAUAGUUCAUCUUUUCUUGGUCAUGAUACCAAAGAUUUAAAAGUCCUUAAUCGAAAACUUUCACCACUUGAUCAAUUAAUGAAAAAAACUAGAAAACAAAGUCAAACUUUUAAAGAAAAUGAAAAUCGAACUUCUAAGAGUACUAUAACGACAGAUGAUGAUGAUGAUAGGAGUGUUUACGAUGAUGAUGAUGAUGAAAAUAGUUUUGACGAUGAUGAAAGUUCCAGAUUGUUGAGUCGACAAUCUCGUUAUUCUAGAGCUACUCUCGGACAACGAUUGGUUGUUGGAGAUGAUAUUUUAAGUUUGAAAGGAUCAUUACAAAAGAGUCAAAACGAAAGAAAUUUAAAUGAAAGGUUCAAAGAUUCAGAAGAAGAAACGCAAGCCAAUGACGAUACAGAAAUUGGAUUAAAAGAGGAGGAAAAAGUCAAGGAUAAAGGAAAAGAUAAAGUUAUUGAAGUUGGUGUUGAUAGAGAGGGAGAAUCUGAUCUCUCUUCGGCUAGUCUGUAUGGUACACCUCUUUGUAGAUCUCAUCAUAAGAAAUCUAGUGAUUAA